CUCUGCAAAGCCUGUCUGUUGUCUGUCUGCGUGGGUGGAGUCCAACACUCCAGGAUUACAGGGUGAUAGUUCUGGAGUAUACAUCAAGACAAUACUGGAGCACAGGGGGAGAGCUGGUGAGAAAGAGCAGUGGUACUGUAACUGUAUCUGGACAAGCAACAUCAUCUUAGAGCGUUUUUCCUGAUGCAUGCAAAUGGUUUUGAAUUCAAAUCAUGCAUCUUAUAUUGUUUUUUCUUCAGUUUUUGGUUUGUGGAAUUUUAUUUUCUUGGUAAUUUACCAACUUCUUGUUUUCUAAAAUCUUCAAUAACUUUGAUUACCAAGGAAAGCAGCGUACCCUCCAGUGCCUGGGGUAGGAAUCAUGUAUUUGAACAACAGGAAUAAUGCCAUCAACACAGAGAGGAGUAAAAAGAACAUAAGAGGCAAAGCAUGGGGCCACAUGAAGACAGCUUCAUGUCAGGAGGAGAACAUCAACCUGAUGUCCCCAAAGUUGGGGAGAAAGCAGGAGACAAAGGAGAACAUGACGGAGGAGCAGGAGUCGAUGCAGCGCACGGCGUUAGGGAAGGCCCUCCAUGAUCAGACCCAUUCAGAGAGAGUGAUGAAUGAUCUGAUUUUUGGACGACGGGUGGGGCUUUACGAGCUGAGAGGGGAAAUCGGCUCCGGCAACUUCUCCCAGGUUAGACUGGGCAUACAUGACCUGACCAAAGAGAGAGUGGCAGUAAAGAUCCUGGAUAAAGUGCGUCUAGACAAGCACUCGCACAGGCUUUUUGCCUCUGAAAUCUCUUGCAUGGAAAAGAUGGCUCACCCCAACAUAGUCCGGCUGUAUGAGGUGGUGGAGACGUUCAAGCGUCUCUAUCUGGUUAUGGAGUACGCCAGCGGGGGAGAGCUGUUCUCCCGUAUCAGCACCAGGGGGCGCCUGUCAGACCUGGAGGGCAAGCUUGUGUUCUCUCAGAUCCUGUCUGCAGUCAAACAUAUGCAUGAUAACAAUAUUGUCCACAGGGACCUGAAGGCAGAGAAUGUUUUCUACACCAGCACUUACUGUAUUAAAGUGGGCGACUUUGGUUUUAGCACAUUCUGCUGCCCCAGCGAUGUCCUUCACACAUUCUGCGGCUCUCCACCUUACGCUGCCCCUGAGCUGUUCAAAGAGAAAGGUUACAUUGGUCACUAUGCAGAUAUUUGGGCGCUGGGUAUCUUGCUUUACUUCAUGGUGACUGCCACCAUGCCAUUCAAAGCUACUAACACAGGAAGGCUCAGACGUUGUAUCCUGCAGGGCUCUUAUACCAUUCCCUCCUUUGUACCCCAAUCAUGCCAGGAGAUCAUUAAGGGCCUCUUGAGGUCUGUGCCUGUUGAUCGCCUCACGACAGCACAGAUCAUGUCCAGCAAGUGGAUGAGAGGCAUUGAGUAUCCCCAGGCCUACCCCUCUUACAGCCCUACACCCUCCCAUCUGGUUGAGACCAACUACAACCUCAGCUCAGAUGAACUAAAUGUCAAAACUGCUCUGGAGGAUCUCGGCAUCACCAGGGUCCAUCUCCUCAACAGCCUAGACUUAAGAAGCCCCGUUACCGGGACAUACCGGAUUUUGCUACAUCGCAUCCAGAAGAGGAGAUCUGUGGAAGCUGUGGGCUACAACCAGUUAUGCACCAAAGAGUCCCAGAAUAGACUCAGAUGGACAGGGGGCUCAGACGGACAGCUGAAUAAGCGUCACUCUGUUGUCUGUAUCGUCAUGUAGUUUGGUUUCUUCAAAGAAUAGUUCAACAUCAGUAGUUUUCUUUUAAUUUUUAGUAAAUCUAAAAGGGUAGAACAUGGUUUUAGAUUUGAAUCGGGCUGUGAACAGAUGCUCUCAUGCUAUUGAAAGUCAUUGUAACCGCAGGUGUAGACCAGUGGCAAAGUCAGUGCUCAUACUUGUCAGUCGUGUGUGCACCAAGAUAACAUCAAACGUUUUCAAAGUGUGUGUUGUAUUUAAACCAACUGAGCAUGAAGGAAAUUUCACUGGGGCUGAGAAUGACCCUGAGGUUCAUUUCUCAUAAAGCACCAUGUUUUUUGUUUUUUUUAAAUGAGUGAAAUGUGAAAAAGGAAAAUGUAAACAGGCUUAUAAAUAGCCUAGGGUUCUGUCUUUUUCAACACGUUUGAUUUUUUGGUUAUCCAUCCCUAUAUAGUGUAUUAUAAAUAAUAAUAAUAAUAAUAAUAAUAAAUUAGCAUGGCAAGAUGUAAUUUAUUUUUGUGCUAGCUAUCAUGUUUUUAUAAAAUCAAUUCCAUUUAAUUUUCAUUUUUGUGUCUAACCUGUUUACAGUAGUUAAUAUUGUUGGUAUAAUUCUGUCCCAGAUUUUUUUUACUGACCUUCUACUGUGGACUUUUCUACUAAUGUGUGUCAUUAAAUGUUUACAUGUGACGGUACAUUUUCAGACGUAUUUAUGUAUGUGAUUAUUAAUAUUAGCUUGCAACACGUUCACAUGAUAAAGAAUGGACUAUUGAACAACUGCUCACUACAGUAAGAAUACUAUAGAGCAAGGCAAACAAUUAUUCAUGAUCCUGCAAAUGCAGUUCACUGCUCAUUGUGACAGAAAGUAGCUGUUAUGACAGUUUGAGUAUUAGGUAGAGUAUAAAAUAUGGCAAUAAAUAUAAUGUCAUUUCUGUGCUUUGUGGUGUGCAAUGUUUUAUGACGGCUUUCAUCUUUUUCUCCUUUCUGACUGUGAUUGGAGUCAUGAUUUAUAAUUCCACUAUAAUUAUCUUUGGCGCCAAACUUCCACACACAUUUCUGCUGACAUGAAUUUGAGGAGGGAAAAAAAAGUUUUUUUUACAUUAUGAAGGUGACAGAAAUACAACAAUAAGAAACAAGUCUGUGCUUUAUUGCUUAUAUUUCUGUUUUUAACACCUCCUGUAACAUUUUAUAAUCUAAUUUUCUCUGUAUCUGAUUUGUUCGUGUUCA